AUGAGUAAGAGCCAGAAGAGCAUAGGUAAAGGAGCCAUGUUCUACAAACCCGCAGGAGAGGCCAAGGAAAUCAGAUGUGGAUAUUUGUUCAAGUCUCCUCCUUCCAGAAGCCUGACGACGGAGAGAUCAUGGAAGAAGCGUUAUUUUAUUUUAUUCGAAAUUAAUAAUCACGAUCAUCAGCUCAAGUACUUCCGAUGUCCAGAGGAGAAGGACCGGCCCCUGGGAGGAAUCGACCUGUCUCAUAUUUCGCUCCUUAAGGUGAGUCCACAAACACACGCUAAAUGGAGCUGGGUCCAGAAGAGUUUGAAGUGCUCUCCGUCCUGUGUGCUUUACCUCCGAGCAGCAGACAGAGACUACUUUUUAAUCGGGGAAAACAGCAACGAUGUGGACGGAUGGUUCAACGACUUGUACAAAGCGCUCAAGAACAAACCACACAAGUUUCUCAAUUCAGAGGAAGUAUCGAAUGGACAGCAGGUCAUUGAUGUCAUUACUAAUCCCAUCCUGAGGAAAAAGAACCCAACCACUUGGAAUGAACAGCCAGAAUUGAAAUACCGUUCCAUGUCAGACCCGGCCUCUCUCACGAAAGAGUACUUGAUUGAGAACGCAAAGAUGGAGCCGUAUCCCAGAAGAGCAUCAGAACCAGCGCAACCUCUAUAUGACUAUCCCAGGUCCUACGCCAAACCCAUCCAGGUUCAAUACAGUGAGGACCCUGAAGCUCUUUAUGAGAACAUGGGGACGGGAGAAGAUGGCUGCCGGGCGCUAGAUAAAGAAGUGGAAGCAGCGACGAGCUGUUUGACCCGGAUCUGUGAAGAGACACAUCCAGACAGUUUCAGAGAGGGACGCAGGCGACUGUUAUCGGACUGUAGCACCAGCUCCAGUGACACCGGAGCCAUGUCCCCAGAGGCUGUAUCUCCAGGGGCCAUGUCUCCAGGGGCCAUGUCUCCAGGGGCCAUGUCUCCAGGGGCCAUGUCUCCAGGGGCCGUUUCUCCAGUGCCCAUGUUUCCAGUGCCCAUGUCUCCAGGGGCCAUGUCUCCAGGGGCCGUUUCUCCAGUGCCCAUGUUUCCAGUGCCCAUGUCUCCAGGGGCCAUGUCUCCAGUGGAAAUGCUGGACAAACAAAGGCCACUGGAAAAACAAAGCUCUACAGAAUGCCUCGACUUCACUAACCUCCACGAGAGAGAUAUCGAGGUCAAACAGGCAGAUCUGAAAAAACAUCUGAAACUCACGGAGGUGGACGGGAAGCCCAGUGUGUCCAGCUGGACGGGUCAGCCCACGUGCCUGUUCCUCCGAGGAGACCAGAUCCUGGCUCUGAAUGACUUACACAUAGACCGUCUGCAGGAGUUCACCCUGUUGAUCAACAAGUCCCUCAAGAAUGAGGUGAAAAUCACGCUGCUGCGUCUUCCUGGAGCUCCACAAAUCCACUCAGUUUCCUGCAUCUGCAGCGACUAG